UCCACUAAGAUAUCAUCAAUAUUUUCCUCUAAUUAGCUAGCUCAUUAUUAAGUAUUACCAAUACCAAAUGUCCAUUACUUGUCCAUCAUUCAUCUGAAUUUAUAUAUUCUUUUUUUUUUUUUUUUUUUUUUUUUUUGUAUAAUUUCAUUGUACUUAGAUGAAGAAAAUAAUCGACCUCAGCCAUGAAUUUUGCGCGAUUUCCCUCUGUUUUUGUCUUCUCGUUGCGGCACGUGCCACAGCGCAGACAGACACACUGUCAUCACCACCACCACCAUUUUCAUUCGACACGAAAAUAAAAAUCAAUCCACCAACGGCUAUCAUUCUAGUUACACUUAUAAGUGUGUUUUUCGCGAUGGGCAUUGUUUCAGUCUACGUACGUCAAUGCGCUGAGCGCCGCUUCGCCAUCGACUUCGAAUUUGGUGACGAAGAUUCUAGGCAACGCGGCGCUCGAGCGCGUGGUCUAGACAUAGCUGUAAUUGCAUCUUUCCCUAUGUUCCUUUACUCAGAUGUUAAGGAUCUCAAAAUUGGGAAAUCAGCAUUAGAGUGUGCUAUUUGCUUAAACGAAUUUGAAGAUGUUGAAUCUCUUCGACUUCUUCCUAAAUGCUCUCAUGUGUUUCACCCAUGUUGCAUCGACACUUGGUUACUUUCUCACGUCACUUGCCCUGUUUGUCGUGCCAAUUUAAUCCCUGACCCAGUGGGCCACUUACUGAAUUCCAGGUCAGGUGGAUCACCUGACCUGGAAUUCAGUAAUCAGGUCCAUGAGGUGAAUGACACAGUGAUAGAUAUCAACAGCAUUGGUUCACCUGAAGUGAUAAAUAUAGUACAAACGCCUGUACAUAAUCGUCCACCAAGGGCAAAUUGGAAACGACAGAAAAUUACAGGGAAAUUUCCUAGGUCUCACUCGACCGGUCACUCACCGGUACAACCCGGAGAAGAUGUGGAGCGGUUUACGUUAAGGUUACCAGAAGAGGUUCGUAACAAAUUAAUUAAUUCAAAUUCAUUUCGAGCACAAAACAACUCGUUAUUAUUUCCAGGGGAAAGAAGUGUGACAAAAGGGUACAGAAGUAGUAGUGUUGGAGCCGGUUCAUUACGGAUUAAUCAUGAAGAUUACGAGCGGUUCAAUGAGGAGGGCCGGGUGGACCGGUGGGGGUUUACAACAACUCCACCUUUCUUUUGGAGAGCCGGUUCAACCCGGUCAUCUAAGGAUGGUAACGGAACCGGAGAUGAUAUAAUGGCGGUUCCUAAAAAUCUGUAUAAGUCCGUUAAGUUGCCGUUUGAUCGGGUAUUCGAAAAAGAUAAUACUGGUGAACGAUCGUUUAACAAACUUAGAUCAGGCAGUCCGAGUAAUUAACUACAUAAUUAUAUGAUAUUCUUUUUUAAAACCUUAAUUUUGUUACGCUAAUUUUGUAAAUACUCAAAUUUUGAAUUUUUCAGGUAUGAUAUUGUAAUGUUAUAAUUUCAAUUUUUGACGGAAGCAAAGAAUGGAAAUGAAGUUUAUUUCAUCUGUUUUAGGGUCAAUUUUAUUGCUUGAUGCAUAAAGGCCAAUGAAUUUCUAGUACGUACCACCUUAUAAUCAUUCUACGGAAUUGGUAAUAUUUCUUUUCAUGGCCUUAUUCACCAAAAUUGAUUAUGAUUUAUGAUGAUAACUUUAGCAACAAGUAAGGUGUAUAUCACAUCUGCAACAACUUUAGAUAUUUUGAUUUGAAUUAUCCUUGGUUAGAACUAAUGUAAUACGCCACGAUGGAUGAUGCAUAAGUUACCAAGUUAAUGUAUGAAAUAAAAUGCAACUCCCUAAUUAACAUAAGAAUAGUUAUGCAACUCUUUCAUAAAGUGAAAGUUAAUGUGUGUAACUCUUUUAUAAAGUGGAGUUACACAUCAUUCUACUAUAAACAAGAAUUAUAAACAAGAAUUGACAUCAUGUCAUUCGAUCUUGACACACUUUAUUUUGAGCUGAGAUUACUUUAUAUUAGAGUAUAGCAAUCAUAAAAAUGUACAAGACUACAUUCAUGAUCUUGUAAAAAUCGAUAAAGUACUGGUGAUAGCACAUAACUAACCCUAGAUGAUGUUAUGUUAAUAAUUUAACUUUAAAUCUUCCUGUUCCCCUCUCUAUUUCAAAGUUAAGUUUGAUGGAUUGAAGCUUUUUGAUUGGGUUUUGCUUGGCUGUGUUAUUG